AUGCCCACAUACUUCGAUCAGAAGAAGCGCGCCAUCUCCAUCAUAUCAUCAGUGGUCGAGCCGCUCACUAACUUUCAAAUACUUAAACAAAAGUCCUUGAACACCAUACCGGGGCUUAUAGAGAAAAAUAAGAAGAACGAGGAGCUGUUCACUAACUUUCCGUUCUUGACGCCCCUCGCGCACAGAAAGAAUUCUCUAGUCUCGAAUAGACUAUCCGGUUGCAUAGAAGACGAAUUCUAUUGUAUACCCUCGGAGCCAGAAGACCAGACGGAGAGGAUUGAUGUGCGACACAGGUUCAGGAGUGUGUCUAACAGGACUCUCAAUGAGCAGAUGACGUCUACGCCAAAAUCCGAGGUGGAGCUAUUGAGGCACAGUGUGGCCGAGUGUCCAAGACGAGAUUGUGGCGUGGAGGGGCGCGCGUGCUCGUCGUGCGGCGCGUGCGCACUCUCGCACUCGCUGCCGCGUCGGCCCAGCUCUGCGCUAAAUCCAUCGUCAGGAUCGUUGACCGCAUCCGCGUCAGAAUCUGGUUCGCUAGAACGCGCGCGCGCAGCACUCGAGCGACGGAAACGAGCAGCCGUGCCUCCGCCGCAGGAUGACACGCAGCACGCAGUGUCCUGUCGCGUGGAGAACACACGAGUGAACCCGAACGCGUUGAUAGAGGAACUAAUAUCGGCCACUGACCUGAAACAGGCGGUAGAGGACCCCGCCGAAACGUCUGGACUGCAGCUCUUCAUAACUCCGGAGGGCACGGCUGAGUUGGGGUCCAGACAGAGGUCGAGGCAGCUCCCGCGGCGCGACUAUCAACGGGUCGUGCUGCAUCCGCAUCCCCACCCUCACCCCAGGGACCACAGGUAG